AGCGGAUAUAUCAGGACGUCCUCGACCAGGCUUUUAACGUCUCCUUCUCUUACACACAUCGCAGCACGCAUCCAAAAACCAUUCCCAAACAAGACGAAAACUUAGACACCACCACACAACACCACACCACCGCAUUACCUUCUCAACCAGACAUCCAUCACCAUGGCUUCCCAGAACAACCCCAUUGAUCCCACCGGUGCCAAGGCCACAGGUGAUACCUCCUCCGCUGGAACCAAGCCCAAGGCCUUCGAUGAACAGGGUGCCGUUGGUCAUCAGUUCACCGAACAAGGUGCUAUCGGCGGAACCGCUCAGAAGGUGGGCGGCCCUUUGUCGUCCGAAGGCAUGAUCGGCAAGCAGUUUACUACGGAGGGCGCCAUUGGCGGCAAUGUUCAGGAGGCUAUGGGCGGCCAGAAGAAGAAAUAAAGCCUGAAAAGUGCUUAUCAUUAUGAGGAAUGGGAAUUGUACGACUUGUAACGAUAGUUCAACGACUUUGCUUUUUCCUUUAACAGUUGAGAGACACGGCGGUUACUCCUAGGCGCUUCGCUGAACCUGGACCUCGUAUCUCUCUGAAACCAUGCUGUAUCUGAUAAGGUCCCCAGCUGAAUGUACAACACAAUGGUUGAUGCUCCUGACUCUUCGAGCCACC